AGUUGUAUAUGCCCCCUCAAGCGACGGGAUUAUGCGAAUGAAAUUAGCUAGAAUUGUGACUUUUUUUGUAGUGAUCUUGAACGUAAUAGUGCUAUUUUGUAUAUGGAAAUUAUUAUCGACGCUUGACAGAGGACUUUAUGAUUUUAAUCAAAAAACUGAUCUUCCUCCAAAGUCUACCAAUAUAUUUUCAGACGAUAGUAUUGUCACUUUAGUAAUACGAAGAUUCGAAAAUUUUGACAACGAUAUUGUUGGAACUGUUGAAUCGUUUCUACAUCUUUUUCCAAAUCUCAAGGUGGUUGUCAUUAGCGACGUUCUUCCUUAUCCACCCUUCGAUUUCCGGCACUUUAAUCUCUCAUCGAAAGUAAAGUUGCUGGAUUUGGAACUAAGAUUAACUGACAAAUUUGGUGGAAGAAACCCUUUGCUACAAAUUGACACAAAGUAUGUGCUCUUCGCCCCGGAUUCAACGCGCUUCAAAAGUAAGAGGACAUUGUCCAGACUUAUUCAAGAACUUAAAAGUGGUAUCUACAAAGUAUCUGCGGCGUCAUUCUCGUCAAGGAAACCCGCAGAAUGUUUGAAAGUAAGAGUAAAUGUGCGGCAGUGGUAUAUUCACUAUGCACCGUCAACAGACAACGUAUGUGAAGCAGUUACCGGUAAGCACGUAUUGUUGAUCGACAGGCAGUUGCUCGAAAAUCUGCCAGCACCGUUCUUGCUUCCAUUUCCCGAGGCGCUGUACAUCCAGUCUUCUGCCAGGAACGUAAAGGUGAAACUCAUACAUGGAGAGACUGUCACUGAUGGCAAACCACUCUUUAGGAGUCAGCAUUUAUUACAGAAGGUUGAACAAUUGGAAGCUGCAAGGCGCCAGCAGAUGUUUCGACAGUUUGGUAUAAAACAGGUGAUUCGUGAAACUGGUGUGACGGAGUGGUAUGGAUGUACUCGUGAAACGCCUCGCUGCUUUGGCACAGUUGUCAAUGAUAUGCCAGAAUACUUGUGGCAAGGUCGUUGGACACCCCCCUGCUGCCUGGCCGGCUUACGUCGUACUGCACACCACGUUUUCAAACGUCUUGAACAAGACGGUGUACGUUACUGGUUAGAAGGUGGAACUUUGCUUGGUGCUAUGAGGUCUGGUGAUAUAUUGCCAUGGGAUUAUGAUGUUGACAUUGGAGUGUUGCGUGAUGACUUGCACCUUAGUCCAUGGCUAUCAGGUGCACGUUUGCAGCCAGUUAUUGAUGAAGAUGGCUUUGUGUGGGAGAAAGCACGUGAAGGAGACUUCUUCAGAGUACAGUAUAGCCCUGUCAAUCAUUUGCAUGUAGAUAUCUUCCCUUUCUACUCAAAAAAUGGAACAAUGACGAAAGAUACUUGGUUUCCCACUCACAAGCAAGACAGAGAAUUCCCUGAACAUUUCUUGAAGCCAUUUUCGACAAUUGAAUUUAUUGGGCGUAAGGUGUCUGCCCCAAAUAACAUAAGGGAUUUUCUAGAAUUAAAAUUUGGGAAAGGAGCUGUGGAAAACCCGGAAUACCCUGAUCCAAAGCGGCUAAAGUUUUCACUUAAUGAAGAACAAAAUUACUUAACAGUUCCAGAAAACUGACUGAAAGCUCCUAUUCAUUUCCAGAUUAUAUGUUCUGUAUUAAUAAUUAGAAGAAUGUGUCCUACAUUUUGCACAAAGCUGGAAAAGCUCAUACUUAAAGUAAAAGGACUAUGCUCUUUGCUGAAAGUGUGUUGCAUUGUCUUUGUUCCAGUAUGAAACAAACUGUGAUAAAUAUCUUGCAGUAUUACUUUUUCUCUUCACUUAGGAGAAGGGAGGUCAAUGUUUGUUAUAUGUAUAUUUAAUAAUGUUAGCUACUAUGUAUGUAACAAGUUAACAAGUACCCUUUCCAUCAGUAUUAAUUCUUUGAAUUUUUAAAUGUCGAUAAUUAAGUAGCUGCUAAAACUAUAGAUCAUAUUACCUUAUACAAUUCCCUUACUUGAGCUAUUUGAAUUUAUAUUUUGUUAUGAGAGAAAUUCACUAAAGUGUAUAAAAUUAAAUUAUUUUGUGAAAGCUACAUGGGACAAAACUUCAGAUAUUUUAAUUUUUGUAGAAUUCCAUACUCUAGUUCCUCCAUUGGUUUGAAUCUAGAAUGAAAGAGGUCUUUUUUUAAUAUAUAGUUUUACUUUCAAAUGUUGAUGCAGUGGGUUGGGUCAUCUAUUUUUUGAAACUUUUGCUCCUAACCACCCCCCAACCCUUAGCUCCUCUCUCAGUUUAAUCUUCACUGCUUUGUAAUUUACUAUUUUUAUAGCACAUAGAAUUGACAUGUGGUGCUUAUUUCUAAGUUUCAAGGAUCCAGUAGUUUCAACUUUUUUGCUCAGUUUUUCUCUGAACUUAAUCUCUGGAAAAUUUUUGCAUGUGUUUAAAAAAAGGCAAGUCACAUCAUUGUUUUGAUCUUAAAUUAAAUUUGAGAUCACUCCAUACCUGCCUGGGCGAGUUGGCUCAUAAAUUAGAGGAAAGUAGGCAUUUUGUUUAUAUACUGGCAACUGUACAUGGGCAUCUACUAAAAUGGAUUGACUGUAUAGGAACAUAUGUAUUAUUUACAUGUUUUCACAUUAGCACUGAUGCCCACAAAAUACGAUGACCACAGAUUACAGUCUUACAUGUUGGUUCCUUAUUGAUCCUUGAAAGUUACCCACAUUAACAUUUGUGAACAUGUAAUUGUAUAUAGUAAAUCACUAUGUCGUGUUCCAUACACACUUAAACACUGAAAAGAGAAUAGUGGUUUUUGUUAAAGAUGUGAAACUCCGUAUUUUAUGAGGAAUGUUAUCUCCUACUGAAAUUUGUUGCACCUUUUUACUCCUCUAGAAUUAAGAUGUCAGAUUCCAUUACUUUUGUUUUCUUUCUUUUGCUUUUGUGUGUGAUGAUAGUUGAUAGUUAGAAUCUGUUUUAAAACGCUAAUAAUUCCCAUUGUAUGCACAAUACAGGCAAGUUACACAUUUCAAAGAAGAAGAAUUAACUCCUCAAGAAGCAAUUUGUCACUUUGUUAUUUUGCAAACUGCUCAUAUUUUAAGUUCAAGCCUGUCUUGAAGAUUUGAUUGCCAGUUGCCCCCACUGAGAUAUUUUAUAAUUUUUGACUGAACGGUAGUAGGCGAGGUAGGUACAUCAGUGCAUUACAUUCAUUGUACAAACGUUUGUUGCUGCCUCGUCUGUAUGUGGAUGACUAGCAAGCUCCUGUGGAGGCACUUUCACCCGCAUAUGGGUGACACUCUUCUUUUUCAAGUUACAGUUUUUGCAGUUGGAUUUUUCAAAGGAAUGUAAUGGAGCAAGCACUGAAAUGUAACUAUAGGAUAUACAACGUAAAUAUACAAACAAUAUACCUACUCGUAAUACUAUACAUUUUGUUCAUUUAUAUUUAGGAUAACAUAUUACAUUAUAGUAUGUUGUACGGUGUUCAUUAAAACAUGCUAAACAGAUUUGAGGUGAUUUUGGACUAUUGUAAUAACAGUUUUUUUUUCCAUUCGGUAGUUUGCCUCUUCUAGUAACAUAGGGUGCACUUCCUUCAUAUAGGCUUGUCCUGCUGAUUGUUAUGAAUCUCUAACUGGUGCACCACAUUCCUUGUUUUAUUUCUUUUACUGUCAGGCAUGGUAUGAAUCUCUAACUGGUGCACCACAUUCCUUGUUUUAUUUCUUUUACUGUCAGGCAUAGCAUUUUCUGUGAACAACCAUUUGGUAACGAUUUUCCUGAAAUUUUCUUAUGCCUAGUUUUGUAUUUGUGGCUCUCUGGUACACGAAGCGAGCAUUUACUGUAUUUGUUCCUAAAAGCAUAUGCAGUGCUAAUUUCUGAUACCACUUGAUAACCUUCCUUAUCACUGUGGCAUAUGACAAUCUGGUCACUUCCGUCAGUGCCAGGUUUUUCAUUAGUAUAUGCUAGUAUCACCAAAGGCUGUUUUGGAGGACGACCUCGAGCGUGACAUUGUAAUAGGUGCAUGUUUUGUUGAUAACAUACUAAAAUUGUCAACAUCUCUCCCUUUUAGCACCACAAUACCAUUAUCAUAUUUUGCUAUCAUUUCAUCUCUCUUCAAUGGGUAUGACAUUACAAAACGUAGCAUAAACCUUUUGUUGUACUGUACAGUUCCAGUGAUUUGAAUUUUGAAUUUUAGACAUUUGACUACUAAUUCAUCACACUUGUAAAAGUUACCAACAAAACUCUUCCUUUAUUUAGCAAUUUAUCUGUGAGUUCACUGCAAGCGUUUUCAGCUGUGCCAUCUUGCUUUCUUCCACUGGUGUCUCAUCAAGAAUAUACUUUCACACACUGUAUAUACCCUUCACGGGGCACCAUUUGAAAAGUUUUACAGCAUACUUACGCAAUUUUGUUGGUAUGUACUGCCUGAACUUCAGUCAUUCGCUUCAAGGAACCAUGGCCUCAUCAACUACAGUAUCUUCAAUUGGUGAAAAGACUUUCUCUGUCAACAUGUUUAGGAAUGGUAAAACUUUUCUAAGUCUGAUACUCUCAUCUUUAGUUUCAUUAUUUGUGAAAUGCGAGUUUGCUAACAGUAAUUCAAAACGAUUACCGGACAUCCUGCUGCAAGGAAAUGGAAAGUUGUAAAUAGGGUCCGUUGACCAACGUCUUACGAACGGUGCCUGUACUAGAUCAAUCCAAAUAAUCAGUCCUAUGAAAUUUGUAAUUUCCUCAGUCUGUUCAGUUGAUCAUAUUUAGUCAUUUUAGUUUGUGCUCUGCAUAUUUAUUAGUCUCUUUGACUAAAAGGCUUAUCACUUUGUCAUCUAAGAAUAGCAAAAGCACUUCACCUAAGCUAAUGUCACUUGUUGUUGUUGUCUUCAGUCCUGAGACUGGUUUGAUGCAUGUCACAUAGCAUAUCCAAUCAGAAGCCCAUCUUUUCCAGUGAACUUAAAUAACUAUUGCCUGUUAAUGAAUUUGUUCCAUAGAGUUCAGUUCCUCUUCUUCAUCUGCAGCAAGUUCUUCCAACAUGUCAUUGAGAUCUUCACUAGCAUAUAAUUGCUCCAAAUAAGAAUCUGAACUCAAUGAAAUUCUAUUCAUCACUAUUUAUCUAUAAUGCACUACUAUGUCAUCACUACUUUCCUCACUUUGACUCAGUCUUUUAUGCUGUCCAGGGUACUUGAAGACACAAAGGUCACUGGUGUGUGUCUCACAGUAUGCUUCUUGACUCGAUGACAAAUCUGCAGUGAGAUCACAGGCAGGCCUCUGGCCAAAGCAUUUAUUGCUUCCCACAUUUUGGAACUGAGAACUUCGUUCUUUGUAAUGAAUCAAGGGCUGUGGGGCAUUAGGUCACCAGCGACUUACUGCCCUAUUUGAGUUACAUCGUUACUGUUCCCACUAAUCGCUUUGUUUACUUUCCAGCAUUCCAACAGUUGGCUUUCGGCCGUGCGCGAAACUCAACUGAAUUGCGCCAGGCAACGAAUGUGGUAAACUGGAGUUUAUGUAGGUGUAAUAUGCAGCCAGUCACUUUUUGAAUUUGAUUUGUUGUCUUGUACCAUUAAUAACAAUAAUGGAAAUUCCUGGAUGGAAAAAUACAUAAAAUAGGGGAAUGGCAACAAUUUACGUAUGAGUACUGUGGGCCAUGCUUGAGAAAUAAUGUAAUAGAAAACAUUAAACACUAACUUUCAAGCUCUUGCCCUUUUUCUAGUAGGAAUACACACAUUCACACACACCAACUUUUAAUGUGUGUACUCAUACUAGAUAAGAGCAAGUGUGUGAAAGCUAGUGUUAAGCAUUUUCUGUUACACCUAUCUGUGUGCCACAUAACAAGCCUCUGUAGAUAAGUGGUUGCCUUUCCCUUAUUCAUUUAUUGUCCAGUUUUAUUUAAUUUGAAAGUACAAACCUCCCCCCCCCCCCCCCUCACACACACACACACACACACACACACACACACACACACACACACACACAACGUAAACUCAGGGUCAUGUUAUUGUUGAGUUUUAUUUAAUUGAUUUUCGAUAAAGAAUAAUUCUCUGUAGUUUAACGGAAUAGUAAAUUAAGCUAAAAAAGCUGAGGGUGCAAACAACAAAUGAAAAUUGCCAACAGGUAAUCAGUGACCUAAUGAUGGGUGGCCCUCUGAAACACUUAAUUGUUCAUUUUAUAAUAAUAUGGCUCUGAAUGGUAAAAGCUGUGGUGAUCUAGUUGGUAGGGCACUUGACUCUGGCUCUUUCAGGUCCUAGGUUCAAUCGUGAGUAGGACAAUAUUUUGGAGCAGUUUGUCUCAUGAUCAUCAAAUGUCAUGCUGAAAAUUAUUGGACCUUAUUGUAGGAUUCAGCACUUUUUUCCUAUUCGUAUAUGAAUGUAUAUGCCUUGCUGUAUUUCAUAUUUAAUUUAUUGUUUAGACCCACAAAACUUAACCAUGGAUAGUUUCUUUAUGGUAUUGUCUAUUUUUUUACAUAACUUUAUUAUUCUGUAUACCACUGUUCAGCGUUUUGUGCGGGAUUCUGAGUAUAAGUAUUUUCCUUCAUUAAUUCAAGGAUGCUUUGCAGAAAAAAGGUUACUUACAUGAUUAUUCACUGGCAUGUCUAGCUUUGAAAUUCUGAUUCUUAUGCAGCAUGACUGCAGUACAAAUAGCAUAUACAAGAGGAACUAUUGUGUUGUGCACAUCAAAAGACAGUAAGAAUUGGGAAGACAAACAAAGAAAAUAAGGAAAUCAACUAACUGGUAACAAAAUAAGAUGAAGUAUUUUCACUUUUUUAGAGUUUAUUGGUAAUUUCAGUCACUGUCUUCACAAAAAUCUCAGAGCCUUUCACAUAGGACAUGCGGAGAGACUCUGUGCUCCACAUCUUUUUUGCAACGUAUAUGAUUUAGUAUUGUAUAAAUUUACUGUUUAAUCUCUAGCAACAGCACUUUUCCAAGCUCCCAGCUGUGAAUUACAGUUACUGUAGACGAUAUACUUCGAAGUGUCAAGUGGAGUUGAUGCUUCAAUUUUUUUCCACAGUAUUUCAGUGACUGAGUCUGCCUUCACUGUCUGAUACUGCAAGCAUAUGUCUUUUGUAUUAACUCAUCUAACACAAUUGUUAAUAGGUCCUAAUAAAAUGAAUGCCGCUAAUUAAAAUAUUACGCAAAAAAAUGGAGAUGUCAACUCUGAUGUAUAAUGAGAAAUAAAGUUUACAGUCACAUGGAGAAAACUGCAGAAAUCAGAAUAACUUUAAUCAUUAUAUAAUGACUUUGCAGUAAGCAAUGGAAGUUAUUAUGUUUUGCCGUUUAUGAUGCCCUUGCUGUACAUUUCACUUUUUUAAUCCUCAAAAAUGUAUAGCAUUUCAAAUUUAAUCUCCAUUAUAUUAAUGCCAGUCUUGUUGUUGAAUGUUUUUCUGUUCAUUCUUUAACCACUGCAGAUAUUUCAGUAAUCGUAAAUCUAGACAGAAAAGUAAGAAACAAAAUGUUCAAGCUAAAAUUCAUAUGCACUAUAGAAAUAAGUGUAUUUUAUUUUAUUGGUGCUGUCUUGAUGUAGUGUUCUACGGUUAUUACCUUUGUCACUUUCUGUGAAUUUUCAGUAACUGUUUUCUCUGAGUGUUAAUGAUGUUCCUAAUUAAUAUUCCCGGUCAUGGUAACUGAGGAAAAAUGCAGCGGCUUUACUGGAUCUGUAAUAGUACCAUGUUUAUCUAUGUAUAAAAACCAUGAGUGUUCACAAUUAUUUCUCCAUACUAAUUAUACACUAACAGAUGUAUACAUAAGUAAUGUCUUCACUUUUUUGCUCACCUACAGACCCAAAAAAAAACUACUUUUUUCAAAGCGGGAUGAAUAUUUAAGUAUUUCCUGAAACUUUUUGUACAAAUUUUACCCAAGCCAAGGAUGCUAGUGUACUGUUGUGUGCCAUCUUUGUUGAAGUGCCAAAACUGUAUCUAAUUAAUGUACAUUGUAAAUAUAGUGCUGUUAUGUACAGAGAUGUCUCAGAAUAUUAAAAUAAAAUUACUAAA